AUAAACUUCGAAGAAGCAUGCCUAACCUCACUCGGAUGCCAAGUACUCCCACCAUUAACAGUAAUGCUGGCUUUGCUAGUUCUCCAGUCACUGUGAGGAACAGUCAGAGCUUUGACUCCAAUUUGCAUGGAGCGAGUAAUGGGAUUUCGAGGAUGCAGUCAUGUAUUCCAUCACCAGGACAGCUUCAGCACAGAGUUCACAGUGUGGGACAUUUUCCAGUGUCUGUCAGACAGCCUCUCAAAGCUACUGCCUACGUAAGCCCAACCGUACAAGGUGGUAGUAGUAGUAGCAGCAGCAGCAGUAUUCCAGUGUCCAACAACUUGCAGUUAUAUUCUAACACUGGGAUCCCAAUGCCAAACAAGACUGCCAGUCAAGGGAUUGUAGGGCGCAGUGCUCUUCCAAGACCAUCGCUGGCCAUCAAUGGAAGUGGCAUACCCAGAAGUAAAAUUGCACAGCCAGUUCGAAGUUUUCUUCAGCCUCCAAAGCCACUUUCGUCGCUCAGCACAAUGCGGGAUGCGAACUGGAGAGACGGCUGCUAUUGAUGAAGGAUGCCCAUCAACAGUGGAAAAUAAAUAAUGCAGAUUUCAUUACCCAGCUGGCUGGGUAACAAUGAUUUGGGAAAGGAGGGUCAUACAGUAUUAUUUCCCCCGGUAUUUUAAUAUAUAACCAUCCAUAAUGCAAUGUCAUUUUUUAAAAAUGAACAUCUUAUCAAAUACUAAAUAUUGCACUUAAUCUGUUACCUGAACAGCUGCAUUAUCAGACUAAUAAUGGCAGUGUUGGCAUUUGGAACUGAAGAAAGUAUAUAUGUGCAAAGUACCAGACUAUUUCCUUGGAAAGAACUAGGAGAUAAUGCUUUCCGGGCAGCUUUGCCGUACUGAAAUUCCAAGAUAAUUUAUUCAGUGUAAAGGCAUCAUGCAUUUUAUUUUGAAUUUGGGGGGGACUUAUGUAUGUGCUUGAAUUUUUUUCUGGUGUUUCCAGUACAUUUUAUUUUGUAUACUUAAGUUCAUUUAAACUUGCCUGAACCUUGAACAACAGAGAUAAUUUAACUUUUCUGUGCCAUAAAUAAUAUUUUUGGGGUAAUGUACUUUUUUUAGCGCUAGGAACAUAUCUUACAAAAUUGUACCAUUGGCAAUACAAAGCAGUGUAUUUAUGUUGCAGAAGCACAAAAAAAGUAGCAUUCACUGGAAAUUGCCAUCCAGCUGGGUCAGCAUGGUUUUAUUGGUCUUUCAUCAUUUGUUCAAUUGUUAAUUUAUUGUCAUAGUGGUUUGUAUUUAAAAUGGCAGCAUAAGUCACAUUGCACUUAGAAAGAUACAGUGAUCUCUAAAACUACAGUUGGUUUUCAGUACUUUAUUACAAAGAAUAAAAUUGUAAUGUUUUAUUAACAGUUGCUUAUGGAAAAUGAGUUUUAAUGCAAAUAAAUCUUUUUGAUAGAUCUUUUACAAAAUCCAAUUGCACUAAUCAAUGCUUUCUUAUAAUGGCAUAUGAAUUAAUAUUUGAUUACAACUGUGUAUACUGCUGUUUUGGAAUGUUUCAGAAAUAAAGAAUCUAUUUCAGCAA